AUGGCCACCAACAAGCUCGUCAAGGUGGGAAUCAUAGGCUGCGGCGAGAUAACACAGGUGGCACACAUCUCAACACUGGGUUUCCUCUCCGACUUCUUUACCAUCACGUACCUGUGCGACGUGUCAGCAGAAUCUCUCAGGCACAAUGCUCAAAAGGUCAUCAACCACAUUCCCAGAACCACACAAGACCCGGUCGAGCUCUGCGCUUCCCCGGAUGUCGACCUGGUCUUCAUCGCGAGCUCGGAUGAGUAUCAUGCUAUGCACGUGAUAGAAGGGCUGAGACAUGACAAGCAUGUGUUUGUCGAGAAGCCGAUGGCGCUGUGCUCGAGGGAUGCUGACGCUAUUAUCGAUGCCGAGGAAAGAUCCAAAGGUAAAGUAAUGGUGGGCUACAUGCGUCGAUAUGCUGCAGCGUUUCUAGACAUGAUAAAAGAAAUUGGUGGGAUGGAUAAGAUUCUGUAUGCUCGAGUGAGAGAUAUCAUCGGUCCUAACAGCCACUUUGUCGCGCAAUCAGGCACAUUCCCUAAGGUGUUCACAGACUUCACACCUGAAGUCAUGCAGGACAAAAACGAUAGGGCGUCAGAAAUAGUACAUCAAGCAUUGUCGGUCGAAUGUGGGAUACCCGUCAAUCCAGAGUCGACGAGCAUGUGGCGACUGCUAGGUGGCUUGGGCUCCCAUGACUUAUCAGCAAUGAGAGAAGCCCUCGGAAUGCCAGAACGUGUCAUUGGCGCAUCCAUCAAUCUUCCAUUCUGGAGUGCAAUGCUGGAAUACCCCACCUUUUCGGCGACAUAUGAAUCUGGUAUCGACAACGUUCCUCGCUUUGAUGCACACAUUGAGGUGUAUAGCAUGACCAAGUCCGUCCGGGUCAAAUAUGACACCCCUUAUAUCAAGGGUCUGCCCGUAAGCAUGGUGGUGUGUGAAAAUGUCGACGGUGUAUACAGAGAGUCGACCAUCAAGCGGACUUAUGAAGAUCCUUAUACCUUGGAAAUGAAGGAACUGUACCAGAUGGUUGCCCACGGAAAGGAAGUGAAGACCACGGCGAAGGACGCAAAGAAGGAUCUGAAGAUUUUUCAAAUGAUCAUCAAGGCAGGGACUAGGACCCAACCUCAGCCUGGAUAA